UAAGCCCACAAUCUUAUAUCAAUGCUUGAAGCAAAGAUUUUUUUCAAAUGAUAUAAAGUUGAUGAAAGGGAAGAUAAGUGCAGUAAGUGGGUACACACCGAUGUAAUCGACUAAAAGAGCAGAAUCAUUUAUCUUUCUUCACUUAUUAAAAUGAGUGCCUCCACUAAACAGGUUUAGAGAUUUGUGUGUUGAUUUCACUGCAGACUUAAAAGAGUGCAGUCGGAUAAGAUGGGGUUAAAGUGUCUUUAACAUUGAAGAUAGAGUUUAAGGAAACUCAUACAGACCAUCAAGACAAACCUACAAAUAAAAUGACAAACAGGUUAAACAAGUCUGUGUUCAUCAUGCUCUUGUACACAGAUAUCACCAACUAUUAAUGCUUAUAACUUGUAGAUUAAUGAGGAAAAUGUAUUUGUAUGAUUGUAUAAUCAAGCUGCAACAUAACAAAAUGAAAAAAGUGAAGGGUGUCUGAAUACUUUCUGAAUGCACUGUAGGUUAAAUAUAUUUAAAAAUGAUAUAUUUUAUAUUAGUUUUUUAUAUUUUCAUUUUUGCAUGCAUUUAGAAAAGUUAAGGUCCUAUCUUGACGAGUUUUUCAUGUAUUUGCAUCAACACUGGUAAAGUAUGUACAUGCACACAUUAUAACAUAUCAGUGCAUUGAAUAGUAAUAGCACGUGUAGCUCUGUCCUAAGUGCCGCCGGUGACGCGUCGGAAUCUCGCUCGUGACUUAACGCAGAGCGUCACGUGCCUCCGGUGGACACCAGAGACGAGUACAAACUUCCUGAUGAUCCAGAUGGGAGAACCAGGUAUGAUUGCGCUAUGAACCAAUGAAGGUCAGCAGAGAUCCACCGGCAGUGUUACAAAGACUGCGGGAUGUGUGUGGCUGAUGAUGGAUGCGCGCGUGGCUGCAGGAUUUUAAUGUUUUCAGCGUUGUUGCAAUGCGGCGGAGACUCUGAUGACAGGAGAUAUCUCGACUAGUAAAGACUGGAACUGCUGCUGCUGUUUUAUUCUGGAUCUGCACCUCUCAUCUGUCUCUGGCUGCGCAUUACGCGAAGGUCCGAGCCGCUCCAGCGCGCAUGUGCUCGCCAGCGCGCGUCUCCUCUCCAGCGCGUCCGUGCAUGAGUGCGACGGACCUCAUUAAGACCUCAUUAAACCCCCGACGAUGACGAGCGCCGAUCAGGACCAGCAUCAGGACCAGACCGUGACGGUCACUAAGAAGCGCAUCAUUGCGCAGAUGUUUAAGGUGCGCAAAAGGAGAGAGAUGCUGCUGGCGCAGGUGGGUUUGGUCUGCAGCAUGCUGCUCGUGGCGUGGGGCAUGUCAGCCCUCCUGACAAGGACAGGCCACGGUAUGAUUGUUGAUGAACAGAUGGAGUCACAUGACCACUGGGGUCGACGGCUGAUGUCAUCACCAUCUGAUAAUGAGACUGAGGAGAAAAACUGCACCAGUCCAGCCAUCCAUGAAUUUCCACACGAUAUUUUCACCAACACUGAACGAAAGAGUGGUGCUGUACUGUUACACAUUAUAGCAGCUCUUUACAUGUUCCUGGCCCUGGCCAUCGUCUGUGACGACUAUUUUGUGACAUCUCUUGAGAAAAUCUGUGAGAAGUUGAAUCUAAGUGAAGAUGUGGCCGGUGCGACGUUCAUGGCGGCUGGAAGUUCUGCACCUGAGCUCUUUGCAUCUGUUAUAGGGGUCUUUAUCACUCACGGUGAUGUUGGUGUGGGAACUAUCGUGGGUUCUGCAGUCUUUAAUAUUCUCUGUAUCAUAGGAGUCUGUGGGAUCUUUGCUGGACAGGUUGUCUUAUUGACCUGGUGGGCUGUUUUCCGUGAUUCAUCCUUUUACAUAAUGGCUGUAGUCGCUCUUAUUGUGUUCAUCUAUGAUGAGAAGAUUGUGUGGUGGGAGAGUUUAAUUCUGGUGGUGAUGUAUGCUGUCUAUAUUCUCAUUAUGAAGUUUAAUGCACCCAUGCAGAAAUUUUUCACAAGGCGAAGCGACGAAAAUGUUGCAAAUGGAAACGCGGCGGUUGGCAGUGAACUAGAAGAUGGUAAUGAAAGUGUAGAUGAUCCGUCUGUACCGCUGUUGUGUGAAGUCAAGCCGAGUAAGAUGUACAGUCGGGGUUCUGUUGUUAUGGUGGAUGAGAUCAUCAAUGCCAGUCCUCCACAUUACCGUUUCCCUGAAGCGAGUCUCCGUAUCAUGAUCACCAAUCACUUUGGACCCAAGACUCGUCUACGCAUGGCCAGUCGUCUCAUUAUAACAGAGCGUCAGAGGUUGGUCCAGGCAGCCAAUGGGGUUGAGACCGCUGUGGUGGACGGUAAACCUGAUAUUGAAAAUGGAAACGUACCAGAAGACAAAACUACUGAAGAUAAAGAGAGUGAACUGACCUCACCCUUCAGAGUACCAGGUGGCUGUAUGAACAAAACCAAAUGGUUGAUUUCGUGGCCAUUAUUGUUGAUCUUGUACUUCACCAUCCCAAACUGUGCCAAGUCUCGCUGGGAAAAAUACUUCAUGCUGUCAUUUAUCCUCUCCACUGUCUGGAUCGCUGUCUUUUCAUACCUGAUGGUGUGGAUGGUGACUAUCAUCGGAUAUACUCUUGGCAUUCCUGAUGUUAUCAUGGGCAUCACAUUUCUGGCAGCGGGCACGAGUGUUCCCGAUUGUAUCGCCAGUCUGAUUGUUGCUAGGCAAGGUCUGGGUGAUAUGGCAGUGUCUAAUACUAUUGGCAGUAAUGUCUUUGACAUUCUGGUGGGACUCGGUGUUCCCUGGGCUCUUCAGACCAUGGCAGUCAGUUAUGGAUCAGUUGUGAAGAUAAACAGUCGAGGUCUGCUUUACUCUGUUGUGCUUCUGCUGGGCUCUGUAGCUUUCACUAUUUUUGGCAUUCACCUGAACAGAUGGAAGUUGGACUUUAAGCUGGGUGUUUAUUUGCUAGUGCUGUAUGCCGUCUUCCUCUGCUUCUCCAUCAUGAUCGAGUACAACGUCUUUACCUUUGUCAACUUACCCAUGUGUCAGGAUGAAUAAAUAUCCCAGAAUGCACCACCAAUGAUCUGGAUGUCACGACCAUCUUUACUUCAGUUUGAUCUUCGUUCUGAACCAUCAUCACCUCAGACUGAAUGAAUGUGAGUUUUUCUUACUCGAUUAAAGCUGAAUGUUCUUGUGUGGUCUCUUGCUCCCUGGUAACAGGAACUCACUUUUCACUGUGGAUGAUGAAUCAGACCUUCCAGUAAGGAUAAUUUAUUUCUGACCUCUGACCCCAUAUGUUGACCCGGGAGGAGGCUCUUCUCUUUGGCAGCUCUUGUCUUCCUCAUCACGUGGACGCCUGGAUAAACAUUCACUCUUUUCUACACUGAUGUGUCUGUUUGGUUUUAGUGUUGCAAAAUGUCUUUUUGUAACUUUGUCAGAUUCAUUCGACAACUGUGAUUUUUUUAUAUUGUUUUGAAAUGCAAGAAAAUCACAUUUUCCAUAUUUAUUGUCUCAUAUAGGGCUUUUCUUUGUAUUAAUCAGGUACUAUAAGACAGAGAGAGAGAGAGACAAAGUUACCAAAACACUUUGGGUCACCAAAUUAAGAUUUUUUUUGUUGUAGUGGCCUACAGAGAUUUGAUCACAUUUAUUUAUUCAUUCUGGUGAUCUUGACAGUGCAGGUCGGUAUCAGGGAUGCUCUUGGGAUAUAAUUCCUAUACACAGAAACUAGAUUACACCCAUUGUAAUGCACAGUGUUAUUCCUUUCCAGUCUUGAUGAGGUCUUGGAGACAAAUGAGAGAGUUUAUAAAUGUAGACAUUAGCACUUUAAUGCAAGCGAGCAGUCCUGUGUCAUUCAAUUUCAGAGUGCUUCCUUCUGUCAGAUUGUAUAUUGUGUGUAUUUGUGUGUGUCAGGGGAAUCGUCUUUCCUGACAGUUUGACAGUUCCUUCACCCGGCGACUCCAUGAGCACAGCCACGACGGCACAAUCCGAGUCUGCGGUGCAUUAUGGGACGUAACGUGGCACCGCCGACCCAUGCAAUCUCCCUACAUCUGUUUCCAUGGCAACCACAGCCCCGUUUCGACCUGGCAGCUACUGAACCAAACCUCUGUGGAAAUAUUCCUGGUUGUUGAAUAGGUUGAAUUGGGAUAUCGGUGAUUCUUGUUCAGUUUUGGGCCGUCACGUGUGCUUUGUGCUGAAUGAACAGUGGCUGGUGCUUCUUUAUGCAAUACACUUCAAAGGAAAACAAUAAAAGCAAUUUUUCUGGAAAACUGUGAAAUAGCAAUAGGAUUUGGGAAUGAUUUUGUUAUGCAGGUGUGAUUGCUGUCCAAGGGGCAUUAACUUUUUCCUGAUGGUGCAGUGCCCUGAACUCUUGAGAUAAUAUGAUGGAGACUGUGGAGAAGGUGUUUUUUGUGGCUGGUCUGACAACACAACUUCCCCUUCCCAGCCUCACACAGACAGUUCAUCUGUUCAUACAGUACACAUCAUGUGUUUGCAUUUCUUUCUGACAGUAAAACGUACAAAACUAAGCAUUAAAAAAUCUUCUCAGUGGCAUUUUGUCAAACUACAGGAACAAUAAAUCAAAAGAAUGAUUCAUUUACUGAUUAUAUUUCAAUGAUCGUUUUUUAUAAAUGAUAUUAUUGUCUGUGGUUCUUCUUAUAUUUUUAUUAAAAAACAAUGCAGUAUAAGUGUAAAAUAUAAAUGUAAUUUUUUAUUUAGGAAAAUUAUGCUUAAUUAAUGUAAAAAAAAUCUUAAAGGCUUGGAAAUAAGCUUUCUAUAUGCAAAUUGUAAUUCAUUAGGGGGAAAGAUGAGCUGAAUAUGUUCUGGCUUUGUGAGAUGUUGAUGAUGCAUAAAAAGAUAUGUGCACAUAUUUGUUGAACAAUAAUUUGCAUGUAAAUGAUUUUCCAUCAGUUUUUAAUGUAUGCAGAUGGGGAAUGAUCUUUAUUCUAUGAUCUAAGUCACUUUUUAAAGUCUAAUUCAAAUGAGAUAAUUGUUGUACUUUACAUGUUGUGGGUCAUAUGGGAACCUAAAAUAAGUGCACACAUAUUUAAUGAAUGAAAGUGUAUGUAUUUCUGUGUUUCUGUCGAAUGAAAGCAAACCCCAUGCACUGUGAGGGUAAUGUGAUGUGAGAUUCAUGUCAAUAACAAACUGUAUGAUGAUCAGAAAAUAUAUCUAUAUUUAAUGUAAAGUUAGUCUGUGAAACACAUAUGAAUGUAUUGUCAUGCUAAAAUGGACAUAUCCAAACAAUGGACUUUACUGUAAAGCAAUAACAUAUAAAGAAAAUAUAAAAGAAUUCUUGUAAAUUUGUCAUAUGAAUCUUCAAGAAAGAAAUGUUUAAAAUCAUUGACAAAUUAAACAAUGCCAUU